AUGUCCCAGAUUAUCCACCUUCGCGAAGAGCCCGUGGAGCACAACGACAACGGUAUCCGUGACAUUCUGGAGGCAAUUGAAAAUAACGGCGGUGUCAUAGAAACAGUCAGCAACAUCGACGCCGCAAAGGAACUCUUCAAGGAUAAGGAAGAAAAUCGACCUAUGGUCCUCGCCACUGGCCGCAUGCUAGUUGGUCCGGAAGGCUAUAAGGUCGUGUUGGGAGCCGCAGCCAUUGACUACAUCCGCAAGGGCGGCACCGUCAUAGUAGUCUGGCCCUUAGACUUCCCGGCCUACGAUCUUGACGCCUUUUUCAAGAUGUCUGGUCUUCCUUGGAGGGUGACUGCUUCUGGCGAUUGGUACAAGACCGACCACGUCCUCAACCAAAACUUCCCGCAUUUCAGCACCAACCGCUUCGCGGACUAUGAGAUGAAGUGCGGCUUGCUGGACAACGUUAGGAGUGAGGACAGUCUGUAUGUUCGAGAUGCUGUGGGACUUCGCGCUCAGUUGGAAAAUGCGUCGCCUGACUUAUGGCAAGAUGGGGUAGCGUCGGCGUAUGCCAAGAUCAAGGAUGGGAUCUUUGGCUAUGUUGGUGAUGAUGGAGAAAACAAAGAAAGUAUUGAGGUUGUGCUUGCUAUGCUUGGGCUUUUUUGA